AGUAUAGUGUGAGCAAUAUCUGUCUAUUUUAUCAGUUUCGAAUUUGGAGUACUCAAGAGAUACAGGCUCGUACUGGACUAAAUAUAGUGGAUGAAGAUUGUGAGAAUAAGAACGUCACGUAGAUCCCCAGUGUAAUUACUUUAACAAAAAUGAAUGUUAAACUCGGACAUCUGUAUGUUCCUUUGAUUAAUACAUAGUUUUACCCGUGCCAAGAAUAAACAGGUUUAGUUACGUUAAGUCCGUGCUACUUACCGUGGGAUCAAAUGGGUCCGGAAACGAGAGACCCUUUUUACUCGGUAACGAAACAUUCUUAGUCCUCAAGGGUGAAAACUCAAGUGCAUUUUGAGUUUCGGUUCUCAAGCGAGAAUAGAUGUGGUUGUAUAUGUGUGUAUCUACAUCAUCUAUCUGCCAUCAGUUAGGCUGUGCUGUCUUACGCCCGAAAUUAAUAAUGUAUCUCGUAUCCAAGAUCGACCGCAGUCUUGGAUUGCGGUGUAUCGUUGGAUUGGUCUUCAAUCCGCGUGCCAAUAACUCAACCCGGCAAUCCCAAUUUUUUUUCGACGACAGAUUUCUAGCAAUCCGUUCCCUCUUGACCGUUCCUUUUGAUGUAAAAUAUCGAUUGCAUAAAACUUUAUUAAGUGUCUUUUAAAACAAAUCAUUCACAUAACUACUGAAAAAAUGUUUCAAAAUAAUGUUUGUUGUUAUAAUAUUAUGCCUAAAAAUUUACGGAAAUUAUAAUUUCAGUCUAGUUUUGGUAUUAAAACUAUGACAUUAUUUAGUUGAAAUGGAACGUGUGACGUAGACGUCUUGCAUUUGAAUUUGACAAGACAUUUUGAUUCCGUUGCGAGUGCGAGUUUAGUUAUUUCCGUGUAGCAGACUUCAAAAAUAUUAUCUUCUUGUUAUAUAUAAAUUAGAAAUUAUAAUAUAAUGGAUUCAGAAAUCGUAAGUACAUAUUGUUUUAUCUAUUAAGGUUCUAAGUUGCGCGCGCUUUCAUAAUGACGCUUAUCAUUCCCGCCUUAUUUGUAACGUUGUUGUUAAUCAUUGUAAUUUUCUUUUACUAGGUAAAAGGUAAACCUCUUACAAAAGAAGAGUCAAAGUUUUUGCUUGACCUAAUAGAAGGUAGUAAAAUAAUUACCACCAAAACCACUAACGCCACCAACAACAAACUUAAAACUGAAGAGUGGAUUCGUUUGGCAGAGCGAUUCAAUGCCACAGCCACGAAUUUUCCAAGAACACCACAGCAGUUGCGUUUGAAGUGGGAAAAUUUAAAGAAGAACUCGCGCAAGCGCAGCACCAAAAUAAGGAUGAACCAAAUUAAGACUGGUGGUGGCCCUGCUGACUAUAUACCCCCAGAUGACAUAUUAGACCGGGUGACCAGUCUAUUAGGAAGUACAGUCAGUGGGUUUACUGUACCGUUUGGGGGUGACAAGGAAAUAGCUUGGUUUAAUGUUGGUGGUGGUGGUGAUGGUGAUGGUGAAGGUGGAACAAGUGAUAGUGAAAACUUAGGAAAUGUGAUGGUGCAGACACCACAAAUUUUACAGACUUUUACAGACUUAAAUGAAACCACAAUCUCAACACCAUUAUGUAAUGAAAAAGGUAUUGAGAAUGUGGUUGCUGAUUACCAAGUAUUAGAGGUGGUUGACCAAAAUUUGAUCACUCCGAAUAAAACCAAGAGGCUUACAUUUAGUACACCUAGAGCAGUGAAAAAGAAAUUGAAGAAAGAUGAGAACAGGACUGCGAGGAACUUAGCCAUAGCAGAAUAUUAUUCAGCCAAAAAACAAUGCUUAGAUGCCACAUUAAAUAAUAUUAAUUUAGAAAAUGAUAACUUAAAAUUAAAAAAUUUGGAGCUUAAUUUGAAUAACGAAAAACUUAAGUUAGAAACUGAGAAAUUAAAAUUAGAAUUAGAGAGGUUAAGAAAGCAGCAAUAAUGUUUAGUAUAGUAUAAUAAUUAUAAUACUUAUUUAGUCUGUAGUUUAGUAGUAGUAAAUUUGAAUAUAUAAGUGUAAUUGUAUAAUAAAUUUAGGAAACUUGGCAUCUAAGUAGGUAUUGUUUCCUGGCUAUGUAUGGCCUUAUUAACCCAACCAUCAAAGAAUUGUUCUUUAUAUUUUAUAUUUGUUUUACAGAAGAGGGCCAUAAGAGCAAUCAAUGAUUUAAAACCUAUUCGCUUUGACAAAAAUUUAAGGAAAUUAAUAUAUUAACUUUGGCCUCUCAAUACAUUUAUGAAAAUGUAAUGUACAUUCACACGUACAUAUACAUGUAUAUGCUUUUAUAACAAAAUCCCAGAAAACAUACAAACUUUGAUUUGCUCAAAGUUCAAAAACUUUAAACUAUGUUUGUAUAAAAAGGGUUAUUAUAAGGAAUUUAUGGAUGAUAAUAACCCCUGAGGUGAUUGUGAGAAUCUUUUUUUUUUUUUUUAAAAACGUUACCCCCACUCUAGGAUUUUCUCCUGUAUCGUGGAGGCAGUUUACAAACAUAUAUUGCACAGGGACAAACAUCCAGACCCGGAACAAUUAUUUGUAGGCCAUACAAAUACUUGUUCAGUGCGGGAUUCGAACCCGCGGCUCCAAGCGUUGCAACUCAUUGCUAUGCCACGGAGCCGUCGAAUGAUUGUUUUGUGUUGUUAAUUGUGUAACAUAUAUGAUUUUAAGCUGUUAUUUUUUUAACUCCCGCUGGGUUUCUUGCUGGUUCUUCUCAGGACAGAGGUUUUUUCCGAACCAGUGGUAAUUAAACAUUUCAGUAAGUAUUAUUUAUAAUCUACAUUUAAUAAAAAAGUUUCUAUUUCUACUGUCUAAAUGAUAUAGUGGUAAUGAAUAAUAUUUUAACAUUGAAUUUAAAUGAAAUUGCUUAAAAUAAAAAAUUUUAUCACCAUCAUAUGAUUGUUUAUUUUUAUACUAUUAUUUUGAAUAAACUAAUUUGACAGA